AAACACGGUCCAGGCCCUCUUCCACGUGUGCACCACAGGAAAUCCAAUGCUCUGAUUUAUUUUUUUUUGAAAAUAAAGUCACAGCUAAGUUCUGUGGUUGUAAGAAUGUUAUUAAAGGCACCAUUCUAAAAACUCUUACCUUAUAAACAUGUUUGAAUGUACAGGUGUUAUCUACUAACAUACUUUAUACCUCAUUAUUGUGUAAUGUUUUAUGCCCCUCAGUACAGCUUUUGUAUCAGCCUCGUUUUCAUGCCAGCGUCGUCACGUGAUAACCCUUACCAAAUGAUUACAUUUGAUUGCACAGAUGUUAUUCACCUGCAUUAUUUUUGCCUUCAUCAGGAGAAGUUUAAGUGCUACCAGUGCAGCUUUUGAGUGAGUCUCGUUUUCGUGCUUACUUGGUCACGUGACCCCAAUAACCUCUUAAAAUCGUAUGUUCAUAUUGGAAACAUUGAUUUGCACAAAUGUGGUGAUUUUGAUAAAGUUUUACGGAAAUAGUGGAAAGCUGUGGACAAUUUUAUGUUUGAGCCUCGUUUCCAUGCUGUGAUAUACACAUGACAUUUUCAACCCCAUAUAAAUCCCGUCUGAACAAGUUACAAAGUUGCCAACCAAAAGUUUUCAUGUUAUUCAGGGUCCCCUUAACACAUUUAGACUAGUGGCUUGCUUUCUUCACGAAAUUCCCACGGGGCUCUAUUUCAUGACAUUUGCUGCCGGACUAAUUAAUCCAGAUUUGGACUGAACUGUAUAUUCAGAGGCCGAUAUCUUUUCAGAUUAACUACUUUUAAUAACAUUUAUAUGUUAACAAUUUUUGAAAUAAUUGGUUUAGCUAUGGUAAUAAAUCUUAAUAUUAUACUGUAAUAACUAAUUUUCACGUAAAAGUAUUCCCGAUUAGUGGGCCUCCUUAGGCAUGCUUGAAGACCUAAUUACACUUAAUUAAAGUUGUAUGUAUGUUGUGUGUGUGUAUGUAAGUAUGUAUGUAUGUAUGUAUGUAUGUAUGUAUGUACGCUCUAAAAAGCGGAAAAACCGAUACCAUCUUUGUUGCUUAGAGAAAAAUUCGUAUACGGCGCGUAAUUGUUCAUACAACAUUUUUCACUUGUGAGAAAAACCGUUUGACACCAGUCAGGUUGUUUUUGCUUUGUUUAGAGUCAAUCUCGGUACUUUUGAAAUAAAAUAAUGUAAUGACCUCUGAGUUUAUUUCUAAAUUAUGAAGUUUUCUAUUUUUUUUUUCAAUGUCUUACUAACGCUUCACCUGAAUUAGAAAAAUGCUAAACGAUUUUAUCCACGUGAUAUACCUUUUUAUCACCAGUUAGAUGAUAAUAUUGUAGUAAUCCCCUGUAUAUACUUACUGCCUUUGUGGCACUGCAAAUGAAGAACAAAUGAAAGGUAAACAGGAGAAAUUUAAAAAAAGACACUCUGAUGGUGAUAGUACCGUACCGUGAUAUGAUCCGAGAAAGGGUUAACCCUUUAAGUCCCAAUAUCCACAUACAAAUUCUCCAAACGGAUCUCUAUAUAUUUCCUUAAAGAAUGAGUUCAGAGAAUUUGAUAAAAGAUCAAACAUUUUCUCUUAGCUGAUCAUUUUAUUAAUUCUCAUAACCUAAUCUCUUGACAAUGAAUGUCUAUCGUUAUGAGAAAAUUGAUGUUGGUCACUAUUGGGACUUAAAGGUUUAAAAACAUAGUAAGGUACCUUCAAACUUUGUUUCAAAACAUUCUGCAAUAUUAUUUUACUUCUUUAGCACUUCGGGUAUUUUACCUUUAAUUGUUAAAUCAGUUCUUUCAAGGUUUUUUGUGAAAACAGAUAGUUUUUUUUAAUCAUUAUCACCAUUGUACUGUUCUCGUGCAAGUAGCCGCCUUCAGGUCUUUCCUCUGUGAUGAAAGGUUAAUAUAAAUUGAAUCUAUAAAGGCCAAGUUUUAAUUUGAGCGAGUGUUUAUUUUGUUUCAGUGCAAUAUCUGGUGUAUCUUUACCACUUUGUAAAAGAAUGGCGCAAGCAUCCAAAGUGGUCAUUCUCCUGCUGCCUGGCCUUGCUAUUGCCACUUAAUCAACUACAAGGAGAGAUACGCGGAUUAACAGGGAAAAACAUACUAAAUCAGCAACUGCAAACUGGUGACAUCGAGUUGCCAACCAUUGCAAGUACUUUGAGGGAGAGUGGGGCAGUUGAUGUUACUCUUGAAGACCAUAGUGCAGAACGAGAACAGGAGGCAACAACUGACGAGAAAACCAUUGAACACGGCGUUUUGACAGUUGCAAAGGUGAUCUGUGCUAGUGCUUUAAGGGAGAGUGGGGCAUUUGAUGUUACUCUUGAAGAUCACAAUGCAGAACGUGAACAAGAGGACACAACAACUGACGAGAAAACCAUUGAACAGGGCGUUUUGACAACUGCAAAGGUGAUCUGUGCUAGUACUUUAGGGGAGAGUGGGGCAUUUGAUGUUACUCUUGAAGAUCAUGAUGAAGAAAGUGAAAAAGAGGACACAACAACUGACGAGGAAAGCAUUGAACAGGGCGUUCAGACAAUUGUAGAGGUGGUUAUUCAUGAGCCUCCAAGAGAAACUUACGAAACCAAACUGUAA